GACCCCCUCACCAAAACUGAAAUCCCACCUUUUAGAAAGACUGGCUGAAGAAAUAAUUAAAUUUAAAGUCUAUCCAACUGACAAUGACCUGAAUGAAGUUGCAGAAGCCUUUGUGAAAAAGCAUCCUUGUCUGAGGGAGCAGGGAUCCUUCAAUGGCUGUUAUGGUUGGAAGAUUAGCCUCAAGUAUAAAAUGGCCAAUCUCCGGACCAAACUCAGAGGCCUGGGCUGUGCUGAGGUGAUGGUAAAUUCACUAAAGAACAAGGCCCAAGACAAAAGUCAGGCAGCGUUGAAUGUGAAAAGCCUAGAAGGGCAGAAGCCAAUUAUUGUCCGCAGUAUCCAAAAGGAGAAACCACUGACAGUCUGGAAAAGGAGAGAAUUGCACUGCUUUCAGAGAUUCAGAAGAGAAACAAUGACCAUAUAGUGACAAUGAAAAUGGAGAAGACUUUCUCAUACAGAAGGCAAGAAGUUAUUCAAGGACAGCCCUUGAUUGCAGACUUCAAAAGCAGAUGGCCAUCUCUGUUCACUCAGAAAGAGAUCGACAAGGAAUUCCUGCGCAUAUCGACUGUACCACUGCUAUCUACAUUCUUUUUUGAGAUAGACAGGUACACUCCACGCAUGAUGGAGAUCUUUCAAUGUAAAGGUGGGGUGGCUGGAAGAAAAAUGAGACACAUCAUGAUGGCCGUCUCCAAGGAUGACACAAUACAUUCAAGACGAGCAUGCAUCCUCAAGUCCUUGUGCGUCUACCUGAACGAAGACCACGAGAAACUUGUGAAGGAAUACACAAACACUGAGGCCAACACUGAAGCCAUGGAGCAAACUGUGAUGGGAGUGUAUGUCAUACAGCAGGAGGGUGCAGAGCCUGGAGAUGACCCAGAGAAUAUUGGUGUCCUGAUUGAAGGUGUGGAGGUUCUCACCGGUUUGAGGAGCAUCGCGAUUGCUUGUGCUCUGUUAUUUGGACUGAUAUACUGUCUGAACCUAAGCUACCCACCGGAGCUCAAAUGCACUUUUGAAGUCUUGCAAAAAAUUAUCAUGAAUUUGGAUGGGCAGAGGUUGUCAUCCAAGGCACAGUUCCUAAAAAACAAGCUAAUGGGGUGAAUGAGCUUGAAACAGACUCAUGGAAGCCAGAUAUUUUUCCAUAUCUCUGCAAUGCAGAUUGUUUUGUGUUUAACUUUGAAAGUUCAAAAUUACAAAAUUAUAAAAAUGUUUAGAAGCACUAUUUGGUUUGCUCAGUAGACUUGAGACAAAGAUUGUUGGCUCAUAAGUUAAAGUCUCAUACACUUACAGUGUAAACAGCGAUUUUACCACAUCGACAAUUGUUACAAAGUCAAAUGUACACACUGGUUUUCAAAAAUUGUUUCUAAGUGGAGCAGUCAUACUCGAACUUGAACACACAUUGAAUGCUUUCUGCACAUGUAAAUAGACUACAUUAAUGGAUACAGCCUGAUUAAAACG